AUGGCAGAUGGAACUCGAAUGAAGACCAUGGAAGAACAGCUACGUAGGCAGGAUAGCAGACUCCAAGGAAUUCUGGAAUCCAUUACUGCAGACAAACAAAUUAUGGAAGACAGGUUGGAUGCGGUGAGUGUGGAACUGAGCAAUAAAUUAGAUGCAUUCAUGGUAGCCAUUUCUCAGCAGCUCUCCAGUUUGAAUCGAGGGAAUCCUGAGAAAGGGAUAUUGGGCUCUCCAGAGGGAAGUCACUCCAGGAAUUCAGACAUAGGAACUCGAGAGCAAGGAGAGAGGAAUGUCAGGAGUUCCUUCCAUGCUAGCGCACCUAAACUGGAAAUUCCACCGUUCAGAGGAGACAAUCCCAGGGAAUGGAUCAGAAGACUUCAGAGGUAUUUCCAUCUUCUACACAUUCCGAUAGAGCAGUGGAUGGAACUGACAGAAUUCCACUUAGAAGGUAAAACGGAGGUAUGGUAUCAAGGAUUCAAGUCUACUAGGGGUAACAAGGUGGAUUGGAUGGAAUUUUCUGGAGAGUUGUGCAAGCGGUUUGGAACGUUAGGACAAAUGGAUCCAGUGGAGGAAUUCAAUAAAUUGCAGCUAUCUACCACAGUCCUAGCCUACCAGGAAAAAUUUGAGGAACUGCUCUCUGAGGUAAUGAUUCGAGCCCCACUUCUCCCAGAAAAUGAUUACAUUUCAUGUUUUUUGAGUGGACUACCAGACGAGCUAAGAUCAAUGGUGAAGACUCAAGACCCUAAGACUUUAUCCAAAGCAUUUGAGCUGGCCAGAUUGCAGGAAAAUGCCUUUGAAGCAUACCACAAGAAGCACAAGCCUCUCCAAAAAUCCCUCUCUGCAGGGAAUACUACACAAACUGCUGCUCAAUAUACCAUGCCUUAUACCAAACCUGUUAUUGCCAAUGCUGUCAAGAAACAGACUCCUUACAACUUCAGGCAAAUCACACCAGCAGAGCUGCAGUACAGAAGGGAGCAUCGUCUCUGCUAUAAGUGUGAGGAGAAGUUUGGUCCAGGCUACCAAUGUAAGCAGAAGAAAAUCCAUCUGAUUGUAGCAAUAGAAGAUAGUCCGGAUGAUCUGGUGGAAGGGGAGAUGAUCGAGUACCAAGGAGCACAAUCUGCCAAGGGGAUAGAAAUGGAGAUACAUGCACUAACUGGGAAGAUGACUUACAACACCAUUAAGCUGCAAGGGAGGUUCAAAGGAACUCCACUUUCAAUCCUGGUUGAUGGAGGAAGCACUCAUAGUUUUGUCAAAGGAUCUGUGGCACAACUCCACCCAGAGCUGGUCCAGUCUAUCAAGCCUUUCAGGGUCAGGGUGGCCAAUGGGGAGUACUUGACCUGUAACAGGAUGAUUCCAAACAUGAGCUGGGAAAUGCAAGGUAAACAGUUCACUCAUGAUAUGUUUGUCAUUAACUUGGAGCCGUAUGAUGUGAUCAUAGGAGUAGACUGGAUGGCGGCACACAGCCCCAUCACCUUUGACUUCAAGCAGUUGAACAUGUCCUUUGAUGAGAAAGGGGAGAGGAUUCUGUUGCAUGGAGAAUCUAAGGAGACUGUUCUCAAACUUCCUAGUGAUGAUGCUGAGAAGGAAGGAUGGAGCACCAGAAUUUGGAAGCAUGCAUGCGGACUGAAAAUAAAUGAGGAUCAGGUAUGCACUGUCACUCAGCUAGACACUGGUUUUCAACAUUCCCUAGGUACUCUACUUGAAGACUACAAAAUUGUAUUUGGAGAACCACAGUCCCUUCCUCCUCCCAGAAACUGUGACCAUCAAAUUUCCCUAGUACCAAAUGCCAAACCUUUCAAGUUAGCACCUUAUAGGUACCCUCACAACCAAAAAAAUGAAAUAGAAAGGCAAGUAAAGGACAUGCUCAGUAGUGGCAUUAUCCAGCUUAGCCAUAGCCCGUUUGCCUCUCCAGUUCUAUUAGUUAAAAAAAAGGAUGGAACUUGGAGGUUUUGUGUUGACUACAGACAACUAAAUGACCUGACUAUCAAAGAUAAAUUUUCAAUACCUAUUAUUGAUGAUUUACUUGAUGAACUUUAUGGAGCCAAGCUCUUCUCUAAAAUAGAUCUAAGAGCUGGAUACCAUCAGAUCAGGAUGUUCCUUGCUGACAUUCCAAAAACUGCUUUUAAAACUCAUCUAGGAUUGUAUGAGUUAGGAUUGUAUGAGUUCACUGUUAUGCCCUUUGGUCUCACUACUGCCCCCGCAACCUUUCAAAGCCUAAUGAACCAUGUCUUUGAACCUUACCUGAGAAAGUUUGUGUUAGUGUUCUUCGAUAACAUCCUUGUAUACAGCCCAGAUCCAGACACUCAUCUUUUGCACCUCAAAACUGUCCUGGAAACACUCAAAACUCACUCUCUUUUUGCCAAGCUUUCCAAAUGCAUCUUUGGACAGUCUCAAGUAGAAUAUUUGGGACAUGUUAUCAGUGGAGAGGGAGUGCAGGCAGAUCCCUAA